GUCAACAUGGCGGAUGAAACGGCGAAAGCGCAGGUUGCCAAACCUGGCGGAGACACGAUUUUUGGGAAAAUCAUACGCAAAGAGAUUCCUGCCACCUUAAUCUACGAGGACGACCGGUGUAUUGCCUUCCCAGAUAUUUCACCUCAAGCUCCCACUCAUAUCCUCGUUGUCCCAAAAAAGCCAAUUGUCCAGCUGUCACAAGCUGAGGAGGAAGAUGCUGCAUUGUUGGGCCACUUGAUGAUGGUCGCCAAGAAGUGUGCUCAGGAUGCGGGUUUGUCUAAAGGCUACAGGAUCGUCAUCAACGACGGGCCUGAUGGCGGUCAGUCGGUCUACCACAUUCACAUCCACGUCCUAGGUGGACGCACUAUGGGGUGGCCUCCCGGUUAA